GUCAGCAGCACACGCGUUGUUGUUGUGAUUGAUAGACAGAGAGGAGUCAUGUUGAACUUUCGCUUUGCUUUUCGCCUUCACAAAUGUGUUUUAAGUGAUUGAAACAACGAUGUCCGACAUACUGAUGAAGGAAAUGGAGAGUAUCUCGAUCCAGGCGAAGGAGGAGGAGAGUCAGGACGGUUCCCGGAGCUUUCUGCUGGUGGAUGAACAAGAAAACCUGAAGGUCCGCGAUGAGACUGAGUUUGUGGACAGACUCGGCUGUGGGGACGUGGCAGGAGUCAAGGUCCUCUCUAUCUUUGGCAACACCGGCGAUGGCAAGUCCCACACCCUCAACCACAUCCUGUUCGGGGGUGAGAGUGUGUUUUACACCUCCAAGUCCCCCAGCUCCUGUACAGUGGGAGUGUGGGCCGCGUACGACCCCACACUCAGCCUGGUCACCCUGGAUACGGAGGGCCUGUUGGGGGCCGCAGCCAAUCAGAACCAGAGGAUGCGGCUGCUGCUAAAGGUAUUGGCAGUGUCUGAUAUAGUAGUCUAUCGUACACGGGCAGAGCGCCUCCACAACGACAUGUUCCAGUUCCUGAGCAACGCCUCGGGGGCCUACCUGAAGCACUUCACCCCGGAGCUCAGAGCCCUCUCGAGCCGCUGUGGUCUGGAUGUGCCCCUCUCUACUCUUGGGCCCGCCGUCAUCGUCUUCCAGGAGACAACGCACACCCAGUUGCUCGGUCAUGAUUCGAAGAUGACCGGCCAGGCCGACACGCUGCUCCAGAAGCGUUUUCACGACCUGAACUUGGGGACGGAGGCCUUCAGCUCGGUGCAGUACGUUGGGACCCAGACCAUCACACCCCCCACUGACUACAACAGGCUGCUGGAGGCCGUCAGGCAGCAAGUGAAGAACACUCACACACGCUCCCCCCGCCAGCCCACGAUAGUGUUUCACGCUCUGGAGGCCCUAGGUGAGCGUUUCUGUGGGGAACUGUCAGACGAUAAGCUGACCCCCUUCUCCUUCUUCCCAGACGAGUACUUCACCUGCUCCGCUGUCUGCCUCAGCUGCAACAUUCGCUGUAAAAAUGGAAUGAACCAUCUGAGAGACAGGGUCCCCCACAUGGCAGAUGGACUGUGCCAGUAUGCACACCAGUUCAACAACAAGGUCCUUAUCUGUAAGAGGUGCUAUGAAGGAGGCAGAGAGGUGAUCGUCCUGCCCAAGACGUCAGCUUCUUCUGACAACCAAUGGUUUGGACUGGCCAAGUAUGCCUGGUCAGGCUACGUGUUGGAGUGUGCUAGCUGUGGUGUAAUCUACCGCAGCAGACAGUACUGGAUGGGGAACCAGGACCCUGAGAGCGGUGUGGUGCGAUCUGAGGUCAAGCACGUCUGGGAGGGGUCGGACACCUUUCUGACCAACCACCAGAACGCUGCCCAGAGGGUCCUGGAUGGGAUGAACUACGUGAUCCAGUCGGUGUCGGAGUACAGCACCGGCCCCACCAAGGCUGUCGCUGCCUGGGUCACUGACCAGGUGGCACCGCCAUACUGGAGACCCAACACAGAGAUCACCGCCUGUCAUGACUGUCAGAAGGUGUUCGAGGAGGCGGAGAGGAAACACCACUGCCGAUCGUGUGGCGAGGGUUUCUGUCACCCCUGCUCCAACCACAGGAUGCCGGUGCCGGAGCGAGGCUGGGGCAGCGGGCCAGUCAGAGUGUGUAAGGCCUGCUACCGACAGGGAGGGCCAGCUGACACCAACAACCAGGUGUGUAAGGUGGAGCCUCGUGGUCUGAUAGCUCGCAGAGUGACGGAGAUGGCCCAGUCUACACUGGACAUGGUCACCACAGCUGUGGACUACCCGCUCUGUUUUAUGAAAGACGUGGCUCGGCCAGACUACUGGGUGCCAGACCACGACAUCACUCAGUGCCACCAGUGCUCAAAAACCUUCACUGCAGUGAUGUCCAAGCACCACUGCAGGGCGUGUGGACAAGGCGUGUGCGGCCCAUGCUCCACACACAUCAAGCCCGUGCCCUCCCGAGGCUGGGACCACCCGGUCAGAGUGUGUGACAGCUGCCACGCCCGCAAGGAUACUCUGUGAGCUGAACUUCCUCAGAUGAUCCACAAAAAAAAAAGGCUGUGAAGCCCGGCACUGCUGCUCCAAGAGAACAAGGAGUUUUGAUAAUGCAGCACUGAACUGGAAUCAGUCUUGUUUUCACCUGAAAAGACGGGCUGUACUGAAGCUUAAAUUGGUCCCCACCUGGGUACCAGGCCUGGUGAUUUAUCAGCUGACCUAGGAACAGCUCUCCAUCUCAUCUGCCUUCUUUUUACCAGCUGAUUGUGCAGCGGUUUCUGAGGUAAAACUCAACGUAGAUCACCUUCUGACUGCACAAAUGGGAAGCUGCAUAUGUGAUUUUAACUGACUGGAAAUUUAGAAAAUGAAGACAUACAAUUCCUCUCAACUCUCUUUAUAACAGCAGAACUUUUACUCUUAACUGCACUCAAGUGUUGUCUUCCUUGUUCCGUCAUUUGUGUUUCUCAAUUUGACCAAUUUGCUAGCUAGAAAUUAGGGCUGUCCUCGACUAAAGAAAUUCUUAGUCGACUAAAGGCCUUUACACAGCGGCGGCGUUUUUCUUUGUGCGAUUACUUCACACGUCAACAUAUUUUUCCGAACUGUCGGGAAUAUUUUCACACACAUUGUGAAUAUAACAAGGUCGAUUUUCGGAGCCUUUGCACCGCGAAUAAACGCAUCAACCAAUAACAUUGUGUGGAACCAGUUAAAGAUAUAAUCUGUAACCGUUGUCGGUUACUGUUUGUCAACUUUGAACCGCAUUCAAAGUUGGCCACAGCUCAACGAGCCGAGAGGGAUAGAUAGAGGGAGAGCAGCAAUGGUCGUGCGAGCUAUAGAGUGAGCAAAAGCAGUGAAUCUGAGAAAUAAAACGUUAUUUACAUAUUUUUUUUUACAUCGGUUACUAACUGCACAACUCCACAUAAUCCUAUGGGAAAGUGCAGAGUUGCAGGAUUUUGAAUGAAUGCAGGCUUCCUGUCUGCUGGCUGUGGCUCUGUGCUGCUCUAGUUAAACACACUGAUCGUAGCUAGUAGGGGGAUCACUGGAACACAUGCACAUAACACAACCCAUUCUCAUCCGGGAAAUACAGCCGUUUUGUACUUGUGAGUUGGUAUCAGAAGCCGAGGGGCGUGACAAAGUGGCUUCACACCUUGUGCGCUGUUAUUGGCUGUAGGUUACACCCCCACGUGGGACCCAGAGGCUGUUUGCAGACGCCCAGAAGCGUCCCGAGUAAAGCAAAAUAAGAAAGAAAGCGAAAAUACAGGCAGAGGGCUGCAGGAUCUCUGCAGAAACCGACACCACCACACACUUCUAGAGGGGCAUGAGUGAUUAUUUUUGCAUCAGUGCAUACAUUGUUUUUUAGUUAAUUCUUGGAUAUAAUACCUUUAAGGUGCGCUUAUAUUUAUGAAAGCCGAACCAGGACAGCAAACUGUAUUCAAGUCAAGUCAAUUUUAUUUGUAUAGCCCAGUAUCACAAAUUUGCCUCAGGGGGCUUUACAAUCUGUACAGCAUACAACACCCUUUACAGUACGACCCUCUCAUCGGAUGAGGAAAAAAAGAGGCUAAUUCACGGGCACGUCUCUCUAGCAGAGACACCCUGUCUGUAACAGCGGCACACUCAGCACAAACCGUGGUUAACAAGUUAGCAGAGUAUCGUUAGCCGUGAAGUGAAAAACGGCUAGGUAGGUACACCAGGCUGGACCAGACACAGGGCUAAGACAAACAGCAUAGGCUGACGUUACCGCUAAUACUAGGCGUUUCAGAAUAAAUAACAAGUCAAGAAUGGACUAAGUACAAGGAGAGUAACAGAGUAGAUAUGUAAGGGAUUGAAGGAGUAGCACAGAAAAUAAAUAAGGAUAAAGAGGAAACAGCAGUAUACGAUCUCACAGAAAUUUUGGGAAGUGCGUCACAGGAAUCUGGUCUGGGUGACAGACAAGGAUUACUCCUUUCAAACUUGACAAAGGCAACACAGACCAGAUCCACUCCUUCCGUUCUUACCUUUCACAAUAAAAGCCCUAGACAUAUAAUAUUCGCAGGCGAGUAUUUCUUAAUUUUUGUGCCGUUUAUUCGUCACGCCCCCGGUGUGUAAAGGCCAGAUCUGGAAAACUAGAAUCAGGCAAAAACACCACUUUAAAUCUUGUGUUCACCUGAGAUGUGAUCAUAAGUUUCCUGGAGAUAAGUCAUUCAGCAUGAAAAAAGCAUAAAAAAACGACUAUUUGACUAAAGAAAUCUUAGUUGACUAAGAUUAAAACGACAGAUUAGUAGACUAAGAGGGGGGCAGCUCUACUAAAAAUGAGAACAGUUAAAAGGGAUGUACUGGGAAUAGUGGGAGAUUUUAAAUUUGAGGGAUUUAUAAACUUGUCUGUUUCAGUUUCGAUCCACCUCAACAACUCGCAUCGUCUCUGCAAAGAAAAGUAGAGAUUGUGUGAGAUGAUUUUUGUUUUUAUCCUCCUCUAAAUCUCAUCUCUCUCUCUCUCUCCGGGAUAUGAACAUUAUGGACAGACGGGAAAACACAAAGAAAAAAGUAGCUUUGUGUGUGCCUGUGUUACUCUGGACAGAAAGAGACGGAGAAACACGAGCUACAGCAGUGUGUGCCUUCAUGGGAAUCUUUACUCCCAUUUCUUUGUUUUAGGGGAUUCCUCCAUAUGUGCAAGAAGUAACGAGACUAUUUGUGCCUAAUUACAGAGCAGUGUAAUCCACAGCCUCGCUCAGCUAACUCUUUUACAGUUGUAUCGAAAAUAUGGUGAAAUGGGAUGGGAAGAGAAAAUCCGUAGCACAUUAUAGACAUUCCAAUGUAUGGAAAUACCUGUGUACUACCUUUCUGAGGUUAUUAUAAGAAGUGAUGCUUCAGGAAGCUCUCUUAAUAUAUAAUGAAUGCACCUGCACUAGACUGGACAGUUGAGUUGUUUUGAUUUUUUUGAAAGGCGCUCAAAUCAUUUGCAAUGAUGAUGGAAAAAUACGCUCUGUCUGAGAGAGUUUCUCUGUUUAACGUACUGGAUAAAUGAAUGCAAUUUAUAUCUGUCUAGAAAUAAUCAAUUUUUAAAGAUGUUUUCCAGUGAAAUCUGGAAAUUGACAAUCUUGAUUUUUUUUUUCCUUUCUUAAAUCAGGCUCGUCCAAAUAAAUAAAAUAAAGGAAGACUUUGUGUCUCUACUAAUUUA